UUCUCUUCGUUGACAUUCAUCGUAAUAAUAAUGUAAGAUUCGUUAUCAUUUUUCAUUCUGUCACAAAAUCUUGUGUCAAAAAUGUAAUCUAACUACAUCAAAAUCAUAUAUUUUCUUGUAUUAUGUUAUAAAUGAUUUUGUUUAUCCUCUAAAAUUACUCGUCAAAAUGUGUGAAAUAUUUCCAGAAUUUCAUGAUUGUUGUUUGGUUUUCUCAUUACGAAUUGGAUUAUUGAUAAUUUCACUUUUAUCAGUAAUCACUGGAGCUAUAUCGCUGAGCGCUAUAGAACAACAAACAGAAUCUAAUUAUGAAAAUUUGAAAAACAUCACUAAUAUCAGAGACCCGAAAAAGGCGAUAUCACAGCUGAGCUCACUGAUAAACUCCGGAAUCACUUUCAUGUCAGUCUGCUUUAUGCUAAUGGGAGUAUUACUUCUAUACGCGACUUUGGCGGACGCGGAAGGAAUCGUUCAAGUGUUCGUCUGGAUUACAUUUGUGAACGUUAUUUUCGGUUUCUUCAUGGUGAUUGCGAUAUGUUAUGAAUGUGUAUUCAAAGAGGACAAAUGCAUACUCAAGAGCAUGGACUGGUUGUCCGGCUCUGCGUUGCUAGUUAUCGUUGUUAUUUAUUUAUUUGCGUGGAUCUACUUCAUAUCAGUGGCGAAUAGUUAUGCGACAAAUGUAUAGUGAAACAGCUUGGGUGGAUUAAACAAAACAUUCGUGAUGUUAUUUGUGACUAUUGUUUAUAAAUUAGGUUUUAUGA